GCCGCCGCCGGACACCAAUGAUGGAAAUGCAAAUACAACUAUCCUAAUGAUGUAUUUUAAUAAUAAUAAUAAUAAUAGCGAUAAUAUGRUCUUAAGUCUUGACCGAUCAAAUUAGUGGAUCGGAUAGUUGUUUCCGAUUUCAAGACAAUAAUAAUAAUAAUAAUAAACAUUUUAUUACCGAAAAAAAAAACAAGAAAAAAACCAAUUGAGAGGAUGCCUUCGUAUCCAAGGGUCGGCAAUCUUAAAGAUCCGGAAGUGUCACUAUUGUUUGACAAAGAAGAUCCCGAAAAGAUUUUCACAGAUCUACGGGAGAUAGGACACGGAAGUUUUGGUGCUGUUUAUUAUGCCCGAUAUGUUCACACCAAUGAAGUGGUUGCCAUYAAAAAGAUGUCAUUCACUGGCAAACAGUCAGUCGAGAAAUGGCAGGAUAUCCUAAAAGAAGUAAAGUUUCUCAGAAACUUAAGACAUCGAAACACUAUUGAAUAUAAGGGUUGUUAUCUGAAAGARCAUACGGCAUGGCUUGUGAUGGAGUAUUGUUUAGGUUCGGCGUCCGAUAUAAUUGAAGUUCAUAAAAAGCCAUUACGAGAGGACGAGAUAUCUGCCAUUUGUAACGAUGCACUCAAUGGUCUGGAAUAUCUUCAUUCUCAGUCCCGAAUACAUCGUGAUGUCAAAGCGGGUAACAUAUUGCUCACUGAAAACGGUACUGUCAAACUGGCCGAUUUYGGAUCGGCUUCACUGGGCUGUCCGGCCAAUUCGUUUGUGGGCACACCGUACUGGAUGGCGCCCGAAGUGAUAUUGGCAAUGGACGARGGCCAGUACGAUGGCAAAGUGGAUGUCUGGUCGCUCGGUAUAACCUGUAUAGAGUUGGCCGAAAGGAAACCGCCGUAUUUUAAUAUGAACGCCAUGAGUGCCUUGUAUCACAUCGCCCAAAACGAUUCGCCACAACUGAACCCGUCGGGCGACUGGUCCGACCUGUUUCGUAGUUUUGUUGAAACCUGUCUUCGUAAGAAUCCAGUMGAUCGGCCCAACUCGACAAACAUUUUAAGGCAUAGUUUUAUAACGCGGACGCGAUCCCAGACCGUUAUAUUAGACUUAAUUAGUAGAACAAAGGCUGCGGUCAGAGAGUUAGACAAUUUGAACUACAGAAAGAUGAAGAAGAUAUUGAUGGUCGACACACGUGAAAAUGAUUUGCAUAAUCACGAUCUCGACAACGAUAUACCCGAGGAUGAAUUAAUGGCCAAUAAUAGUAAAAGCAAUUCAGUUGCCAGUUCUCAUAGUCGCCAAAGUGGAGGCAUCAGCGCCGGCAGUCAAAGUAGUAGUACAAGUAGUCUACCAGCGAAUUCCGAUGCAAACGAUUCUACUUAUAAAUGUCCGGUUUCUUUGAGGAGAGAAAGUGCCAGUAGUAUGAAUCGGGUUAGUCCUUCGAAUUCAUCUGCAAGUUUGAAUAGCACCGAAUUAGGUACCAAUAAUUUUGCCACAUUAAGGACGACAUCGAUAGUUACCCGACAGCUCAAAGAACAUGCAAAAGAAAAUCAAAUGCACGAACAGAUGUCUGGUUAUAAACGAAUGCGAAGACAGCACCAGAAGGCUAUACUUCAGUUAGAAGGCAAAUGUAGACAAGAGAUUGAAGAACAUAAACAAAAAUUAGAUAAAGAAUAUGAAACACUAUUACAACAGUUUAGUAAAGAAUUAGAAAAAUUACAAUUAAGACAUCAACAAGAAUUAGAAAGAAAGCUCAAGACAAACGUUGCUUACGAACGAAAGCUUAGUAAAGCUAUUCUUCAGCAGCACGAAGAAGAACUGAAAAGGUUUCAAUUGCAACAAAAACACGAAUACAAGUUCGUUAAGGAAAGACUAAAGAGAGAGUUGAACAACGAUUCCAUUUCAUUCAAGAAUCAAAAAGAAAGUCUUCAACGAAGUCAGAGUUCGGCACUCGAACGGCUACAGCACGAGCACCAGGAGUAUCAUCGACAGGAAGUUCGUAAAUUUAGGCGACGAAAACUUAUACAAUAUCAUCAACUGGAACGGGAUCUGCUCCGGGAUGAGCUCAAUAAACGCCAGAGUCAACUGGAACAAGCACACUCGAUGCUGAUGCGCCAUCACGAAAUCACCCAGGAGCUCGAGUAUCGGCAACAACGGGCUGUCCAUCAGCUUCGGGACGAACAGAUUCGUAAACAACAUCAGACAGAGUUAGCCAAUCAACAGGAGUACAAUCAGAAGCGUGAGAAUGAGUUAAGGAAAAAGCAUGCGCUGGAAGUGAAACAACAACCGAAAAGUCUUAAGCAAAAAGAAUUACAGAUUAGAAAACAAUUUCGCGAGACUUGUAAAACACAGACACUUCAGUAUAAGGCGUGGAAAACGCAAAUAUUGAGCUCAACACCAAAAGAUGAACAAAAGAAUGUCAUAAAGAAGUUAAAAGAAGAACAGGUGAGAAAACUGGCACUUCUUGGAGAGCAAUACGAACAAAGCAUUGCUGAAAUGCUUCAAAAGCAAUCGAUACGUCUGGAUGAGGCACAAGAACUCGAAGAACGCCAACUAAAAGAACAGUUACAACAAGAAUUGGAACUAUUGAUUGCUUUUCAAAGCAAAAUUCGUAUGCAAUCAGAGGCUCAACGAACUAAAGAGAGACGUGAACUCGAGGAAAGAGUUUCUGUUCGACACUCAUUGCUUGAGAAGAAGAUGGAACUCGAGAAACAACAGUUUCAGGACGAAAGAAAUGAAAGACAGCGUAUGCUUCUUGAAAGGCAAGCGCACGAAACGGAAAGUUUUGAUUUGGACAGCACUCGCCAAGGAUUCAAUGCGUUGGCCAUCGCCGAGGCAUCGAUCGAGUGUCUCGGCGACGACGAGGCCUCAGUCAGCGGCUCGAUGUUGUCAUUGGCUCACAGCAAUAGUGCCACGUCUUUCACGCACACAGCCCUCUAGCACGCGCGUGGGUGCGCCCGCGCCGACCUCAUUGAUGGCCAACAUUUUUUUCUCUCUCUUUAUCUGCAUAUAUCCUUUGUAUAAUAGUGUACAUAAAGAAAACAAACAAACAAAACAUAAUAAUUGUUAGACAGAGUGUGUCUGUAUGUAUGAGAUAUAUAUAUAUCUCUAAUAUGGAAAGGAUUUAAAAGAAAAAAGGAAUCGAAAGAAAGUAAAGACAAACAAAAGAAAGACAUUUUCAUCAGUCAUUGGAUUAGUUCGGCUAUUGUUUUGUGUUUGCUCUUAAAAAAAACUGAAAAUUGUUAUUGAAAUGCACUUUUGGUUUUUUUUAAAGAUUUAUAUUUAAAGAUAAAUAUUAAUAUUUCAAACGA